CCAGUGGAGUUAGCAGAAGGUGAGAUGUUGAUCUCUUUCUUUACCUCCCCUGCCUGCACUGCAGCUGCCCUCCAUCCCUAACCAUCUGUCCUGACGACCAAUUGCACAAGCUUCUGCAGACUCCUGCAGCGACCAGUCCCAGACUCUCACUUCACAAGCAGGAACGGGCACCCUGCUCUGAGCCAGGCACUGGGCCGGGAAUGAGGACCAUACAGAGAGAUGGCUGUGGUCCAGUGACCCCAGUGGGCAGUGCAAAGAAUCCUGGGAAGGGAGCCAAGAGAGUGCUGAGGGGACUCAGCACAAAUUGCCUGGGGCAACCAAGAAGGCUCCAUAGGGGAGGCAACUUUCAGGUCUUAAAACUAGGACAAGAGUUCAGGAGAUGGAGGACAGGAGGUCUUUUGGGUGGAGAGGGACACAGGAGUAAGGUGUGCAGAUGUGAGAGAGCAGAAGGUGCUGAGGGUACAGCUAAGGGUGGCUUGGGAUAGCAUGCAGGUGGUGAUGAGGGUUCUGCACUCGCCUGUCUGGGUUUGAAUCACAGUGCCUCUACUUAUUACCUGUGUGACCUUGGGCAAGUUACUUGACCUCUCUGUGCCUCAUUCCACCAUGUGUAGAAUGGGGUUAAUAAUAGUAUCUACCUCAUAGAGCAGUGAGGAUCAAAUGAGUUCAUGCAUUUAAAUGCUUAGAACAGAGCCUGGCACACAGGAAGCGCUCAAAAGCUGAGCUGGGACUAGUGUAUUGCUGUUACCUGUGAGUCUGUGGGGCAGAGGGCCCUAAGGCCUCCUUGAAUCCUCAACAAAACCAGUAGCAGGUCCUCUGUGCCCUCCCCCGUCACCCCUGUCGCAGGCACACUCAGGCCCUGGGCGGUAGCAGAGCAGGGAUCCAGGAAGCAGCAAACCGAGGUGCAGAUGCCGAUGCCAGGCUGAGGUCGGGGGAGGUGGAGAGGACCCGAGCAGCGACAGGACACUGCCUUUACCCAGUGAAUAGUACGGAAAGGUUGCAUCGUGGACCCUUCUCAGCUUCUCACCUAGGAUUCUGGAUGUGGCUGGAGAAGGACCCUUAUCCUUUUGCAGCCAGGUCCCGUCUGAGCCCACGCUGCCAGCUCCAGGGCCUGUCCGGUGACAGGUUAAAGACAAAAUCCUAGCACCAAAGUGGAACACAGCAUGGGCUCUAUUUCUCUCUUAUUGAGUGGGCAUCUCACAGAGGACGUGGGCUCAGCUGAUUUGAACAAAACUGAAGUAAGCUUAAUCCCUCUGUCGACUGUCCUAAAGGCCCAGGUGAGAGGGAAAGGGAGUCCCUGGAGAGAGGAAGGCUCCCCACUCCAGCUUUCAGGGGCUCACCCACCACCGAUGAGGCCCGGCCUUUGAUACAGCUUGCGCCACAGCCUAUAACCAAGAUGGCAGCAGGGAGACUGGCCCGUUCUCUGAGCCCAUGAGGGGUGAGGCCCCUUCAGGCCCGAAGAUGGGGAAUAUCACUGCAGACAACUCUUCACUGAGCUGUACCAUCGACCACACCAUCCACCAGACGCUGGCCCCGGUGGUCUAUGUCACAGUGCUGGUGGUGGGCUUCCCAGCCAACUGCCUGUCCCUCUACUUCGGCUACCUGCAGAUCAAGGCCCGGAACGAGCUGGGCGUGUACCUGUGCAACCUGACGGUGGCCGACCUCUUCUACAUCUGCUCGCUCCCCUUCUGGCUGCAGUACGUGCUGCAGCACGACCACUGGUCGCACGGCGACCUGUCCUGCCAGGUGUGCGGCAUCCUCCUCUACGAGAACAUCUACAUCAGCGUGGGCUUCCUCUGCUGCAUCUCCAUCGACCGCUACCUGGCCGUGGCCCAUCCCUUUCGCUUCCACCAGUUCCGCACGCUGAAGGCGGCCGUGGGCGUCAGCGUGGUCAUCUGGGUCAAGGAGCUGCUGACCAGCGUCUACUUCCUCAUGCACAAGGAGGUCGUGGAGGACGAGGACCAGCACCGCGUCUGCUUCGAGCACUACCCCCUGCAGCCAUGGCAACGCAACAUCAACUACUACCGCUUCCUGGUGGGCUUCCUCUUCCCCAUCUGCCUGCUGCUGGCCUCCUACCUGGGCAUCCUGCGGGCCGUGCGCCGGAGCCACGGCACCCAGAAGAGCCGCAAGGACCAGAUCCAGCGGCUGGUGCUCAGCACCGUGGUCAUCUUCCUGGCCUGCUUCCUGCCGUACCACGUGCUGCUGCUCGUGCGCAGCCUCUGGGAGUCCAGCUGCGAGUUCGCCAAGGGCAUCUUCAACGCCUACCACUUCUCCCUGCUCCUCACCAGCUUCAACUGCGUCGCCGACCCCGUGCUGUACUGCUUCGUCAGCGAGACCACCCACCGGGACUUGGCCCGCCUCCGGGGGGCCUGCCUGGCCCUCCUCACCUGCUCCAGGACCGGCCGGGCCAGGGAGGCCUACCCGCUGGGCGCCCCCGAGGCCUCUGGGAAAACCGAGGAGCCGGAGCUGUUAAUGAAGCUCCACUCGGCCUUCCAGACCCCUAACUCAUCUGCAGUGGGAGGGUCCCCCACGGGCGGGCUGGCCUAGCCGGGGUCACUCACGUGUGGGGCGAAGUGAGGCCUGAGCUUGCCCGCUGGCCGCCGCCCACUUUGCCAAAUGCCGGUGCCUCCUUCUGCGGGAGGGGACACUGGGCCUGGGUCACUGGGCUGGGGCCUGGGCUGCAGCAAGACCUCUCUGGUUCCAGGGAGCCUGCCCCAGUUGCUGAGCCCAAGGGGGCUGUUGGAUGUGGGAAUAAGCCCCGUCAGCUCACGAGUAUUGUCUGCCGCCAGCUGGUGGGAGGAAGACAGUGAACUGUCACCUCCAGGAGGUUUUCAGAGAGAAGCUGGGGUUGGGGGUGCAGAGUGCAAGGACAUGGAGGAGGGGGGUUGGGAUAUGAGAGUGGAUACCUGGGUACGCACCUGCCAGGGCCUUCCAGUGCUAUCAUUGUCACAGAUGACACCCGUCCAAAUGCAAUGGUAUUAUCUGAGGAGGUGACACACGAAGCUGUAUUGUCAUGAUUAACUCUUGAGCCCCACCCCACGAAGGGUGGGAAGGAAGAUGAGUGGAGCCAGGAGGUUGGAUGAGGAGAAGGAAGGUGGAGAGGCGUUUGGGGCACUGGGAGUGUGUGUGGGGGGACGGUGGGGGUAGUGACAGGCAGAGAGAUCCCAGCUCCAGCCCCAUCACAAUUUCACAGAGAGAGUUGAGCAGAUUCCUCAAGCCCCAGAGCUGAUGGAAAACAAAUCCCAGGGCUCCCCGGGGCUCCCUGGAGUGACGUCUGUGGUUCUUUAUAAAGUCAGUACUGAAGCUCAGGUGUCGGGACAGAGGCCUAAAGCCAAGUUCCCUACACACAGAUUCCUCCCAAUUCAUUUUGUUUCCAUCUGCCCAGAAGCACCAGACGCGGCAGCCUGGGAGUGUGUGUGUGUCUAUGUGUUUGUGUGUGUGUUUUCAUGGUUAAAAUGCCAGGGUCCCCGUGACAACUGUGUGCCAAGACACUGAGGCUAGGGUCAUAUGACUGCUGGCAGUGUCCACCCCCCCAGCCCCCGCCUCUGUCCCCUGCCACACACACUGUGGAGUGUUUAGCAGUCUCAGAGAGGAGCAUGUCAUUCUCCCCAAGUUCUCAGAUACAACAAAACAAACAAAACAGAGACACACUCUCUGGCAUCUCUCAGCCCAAAGGCCUGGGGUUUAGCUCCACUGUGGUGUAAGUAGGCCCCGUGACAAGGAGAGGAGGUGGCCCUGGGCUCACCUUGCCUCCUCUGUCCUCCAGCACUGCUCCUCUGCCAGACGUCCCACUUCCCCCACCUGGAGAGUGAUACUGGGCCUGUGGGCCAUGUGCAGGCCAGGGCACUGACCGCCAUCUUUUGUUCUGUCCUGGAAGGCUGGGUCCAGGGCUCAGCUCUCCUGCAACUUUGUGCCUGACCAUGUUGAGCCCCUGCGCUGGUAAACAUACCAAGCACCAGAAGAGUUUCUUGCUGCUCCAGGGACCUGCCCACCUUUACCGAAAUGCUGGCCCUUCAGAUUUCCUGAUCAGUGGGCUGGGCUAGUUUGACUUCCUUCAAAGGCCUGGGAUUUGAGCUCCUCACAGCUCAAGUGGGCUCAAGUCUGGAGAUGUAGAAACUGGCAUCAGUAGAACAUUUCUGGAAUCUGCUAAAGAGAGAGCCAGGGAGAAUCUCUUCCUCAAUCUCUCUUCUCCUUUCUUCCCCCUUCUCUGAGAGGUAGAUCUACCCCGUCUCUUAACCCUCCCAUCAGGGGUGCCCAGAGGCAGAUAGCCCAGGCUGGAUGUGCCGCAGGGAAGUGUGGUUACUGGGCUCCCAGGGCUACACUUGUCCCUUAUGGAGUGCCUCCCAUAACCCGGGAAGGUUCUCUUCGCAUUCCUGGAGGAGGGCGUGACCAGGUCUGAAGGUGGCAGAAAUGGCCACACAGCCUAGAAGAGCCCACCCAGUGUCAGCCCAGGAUCUUACUGGGGCAAUGGCACUGGUUGAAGCCCUGCAGGCUUCCUCAUUCCACAGGAUUUCCCCCUCUUUUGAGCUUCAUCAUGGGCGUUCCCACUGGGAUGGACUGGGAU